UUUACAAAAGCCGCGCUGUGUGAAUUUAUCGGGAUCAAAUUUAAAUGUAUGAUUAGGUUUCUGAAAAUAAAAACGAUGGAUGCGAAGGUUGUUUCGCAUUGAAUGUUUUUGUGGGACCGAUGUGAAGAGAGACGUAGGGCAGCGGCGCAACGCAGCGGCGCGGCGCGGCGUCGAUACGUGUCCCGCGCAACGGCCUGACGUCGCCGCGGGCCGCGGGCCGGCGCACUCCGGCAUUCGGGCCUCGCGACGUACCGCCGCCGUCGUCGCCAGCUCCGCGACUACCUCGAUUUUCUAGCCGACAAACGCUUACUCGGCGACGUGCGUAUACACGUUAAGUGAUAGUUUAGUUUAACGUGAAAAAAAAAACAGAUCCAAAGCUGUUAAGUGUUACCUACUAUAAUAUCCCCAUCCUAGUCUGGUGAAAACAAACACAUCGCAGUGUUAUUCGCGCAAGCGCGCCGCACGCGGACAUGUCGAGGUCGGCCAUCUUGGCUGAAGACGCACUUUCGCCUCGCCCCAGCUUCAGACUUUGAGCUGAAACCCUUAGCGGUAACGAAGGGGGUCAGAAUGUUCGACGGGCGAGGCGUCGCGGCGGGCGGUCUCUGAGCGCUCGCUCGGCGCGGCUAUCGAUCGUUUCGAGCGCUAUGGCGCUCGCUGAGUGAAUGCGGACAUCGGGACCGUGCCGCAGCUCCCGCACGCAAGCGGCGCGUCCGACCAGUGAUAGUGCUAGAGUGGAGGCGCGGCAUGUGACUCGGCGUGCCCGCGUGGUUGGGAGGGCGCGCGGGCGGCGGCGGGCCCGGCUGACCGCGCGCCAUGGGCGAGGAGUAUCCGCGCUCCCCCUGCGAGCGGUUCCCGGCGGCGGGCGCGUUCAGCGUGGCACCGCCGGAGAGGCUCAGCCCGCCGCCGCCCGCGCCGCUGCCGGAUCGCUUCUCAGCGUCUCCGAGGCGGGUGCGCCGUUGCGCGGAGGCCGAGCGCGCGCGACGACCACGCUAUGUGCCGCCGGCGGCUCACGUGCCGGUGGAGCGGUACGUGCCGCGGCCGCCGGCGCCGCUGCGUCCGCCGCCACCGGUGUACUGCGGGCUGGCGUGUCGGCCGCCGCCGCCAUCGUCGCGCAAGUGCUGCGGCCCAGCGUGCCGCGAGGACCUGGCGGGCUCGCCGCCCCCCACUCGCUACGUGGAGUACGUGGGUGCCGCCGCCGCACGCCGCAUGGCAUGCACACCGCCACCACCACCGCCGCCCGCGCUUCAGCUGCCCUGCGAGCCACAGGAACCUCCGUGCUGUGUCCAAGCCCGCAGGCGACCGCAGCCUCCACAUGAUUGGCGCUCAAGCGCAGGCUUGCUGGCACCCCAGCUGGCAUGCCAAAGCGCAUCGCCGGCGCCGGUCGCGUCGGCUCCCCUCCCCGCGCCUGCGUCCCCUCCGCGGGUGGCGUCCGCGCCGCCCGCGCCGCUCGCGCCGCCCCCCGACUCCGUUCCCCAGCCCGCUCAGGAAGACGGAGUCAGAUUGCGCAGAGUGCAUACCGUCGCGGUGCGGGAUUACCUUAAGAGAGAGACGCAGACGUUCUUCGGCGUACAGAGGGACAAUGAGAGGGAACAACGGCGGCUGUGGUACGAGAGGCGGAGGAGGCACGCGGCGCGGGCGCUCGGCGACCUCCGGCUCGACCUGCCUCCGGAUCAUCAUCCUGAUGAUGAUGAUAUUAGUAUGUAUGGAGCAUCGGGAGCGGCACCAAGAGAGGCACGGGGGCGCGCGCGCGAGCGGCCCGACGUGCUGCCCGCGCCCGCGGCGGCGGACGAGGCCGCGCCGCCCGCUCUGCCGCGCCCUGGCAAGGACAGCGUCGCGCGGCUCACGCUCAGCGGCCUUUCUUAUGUUGUUACUGCGGUGACGCGGCGAUCGCGGCAGUCGUCAUCGGCGCAGUGGUCGCGAUCGUUUCGGAGCAGCGCGCCGCAGGAGGAGGGCGACGUAGACGACGUGUUCUUCGCUGCGCCAACCUCUGUUGCGCACCACGACGACGAGAUUGACGGAGUGAAGAGCGCCCGAUCGCCUCUGAGCUCCGGAGGCGUGGAGUACCGACGGCCGGAGCGGAGCGUAUCGUGGGGCGCGGGCGGCGCGCGCAUCCACACUCCGAUGCUUGAGCCGUUGGCUGACAACUCCAAUCGAAGGCAGUUCGGCAUGGGCGUCGUUGGACGAUUUUUCAGACGGUCGCUCCGCAAAUCCGUGACGCGACAGGAAGACGUUGCGCAGCAGCUGGACGAGCUCACAGACUACCGGCCGUACUUCACGUGGUGGGUCAGCACAGUGCAGACGCUGGUGCUGCUGCUGAGUCUGCUGUGCUACGGCUUCGGGCCGGUCGGCUUCGGCCGGCACACGCAUUCCGGACAAGUGCUCGUGAAGAGUUUGAGUUUGCAACAGGUUGAAUGGGAAGAGCCAGCAUCCUUCUGGCUCGGGCCGCGGGCGGCAGACCUUAUACAUUUAGGUGCUAAAUUCGCCCCUUGCAUGCGGAGGGACGCUAGGAUAGCGCGCGCUAUAGCAGCAUCAGCGAGAAGAGAACGCGACACGGCGUGCUGUAUACGAAACGACGAUUCUGGCUGUGUACAGUCAUCCAAGGCUGAUUGUUCGAUAAGAGGAUUAACCCCGAAGGUGGGUCUGAACACAAUAUCGACGUGGAAAAAAUGGUCGUCGGGUGAGUCCGGUCCCGGAGGUCGGAUAUCGGGCUCUGUUUGUGGGCUAGAUCCAAAGUUUUGCGAAGCUCCACGCUCGAUAGCCCCGCACGAAUGGCCGGACGACAUCACAAAAUGGCCGAUUUGCCGCAAGUCUGUGAUCGACGGCUCCGCUGCGGCGGGCCGCGCGGGCCACGCCGCCGAGCACAUGGCGUGCGAAGUCAUCGGCCAUCCGUGCUGCAUAGGCGUGCACGGCCAGUGUGUCAUCACGACGAGAGAGCACUGUGAUUUUGUUAAGGGUUACUUCCACGAGGAAGCGUCUUUGUGUUCACAGGUAUCUUGCCUCGAUGACGUAUGCGGCAUGCUUCCAUUCAUGCGACGCCGACGUCCUGACCAGCUGUACCGCGCCUGGACGUCUCUGUUCGUCCACGCCGGUCUGCUCCACUUGGCGGCGUCGUUGGCGCUGCAGUGGCUGUUCAUGCGCGACCUGGAGAAGAUGGCGGGCCCGGUCAGGAUCGCCGUGGUGUAUCUGGGGAGCGGUGUCGCCGGGAAUAUGGCGUCGGCGAUCUUUGAGCCUUAUAGAGCCGAGGUGGGGCCGGCUGGAUCUCACUUCGGCUUGCUGGCGUGCCUCAUAGUAGAAGUGAUCGGCGCGUGGCCGCUCCUGAAACAUCCGCGACGCGCGCUCCUCAAGCUGAUAGGGCUCGCGCUAGCGCUGUUCGUGCUCGGCCUCCUGCCGUGGAUCGACAAUUUCGCUCACGUGUUCGGUUUCGUAUUCGGGUUUCUCCUGUCGUACGCGCUGCUGCCGUUCAUAACGUUCGGGCCUUACGAGAGGCGGCGGAAGAUCGUGCUGGUGUGGGUGUGCCUGGUGUCGGCGGGCGGCAUGGCGUGCGCGCUGGUGGCGCUGUUCUACGCGGCGCCGGCCUACGAGUGCGCCAUGUGCGCGUACUUCACGUGCCUGCCGUUCGCGCCCGACAUGUGCGCGUCGCAGGACGUGCGCGUGCGCCAGCUGGACGGGGUAUGACGGCGCGCGGCGCGGGCGCGUCCGCCGCCAGAGCCCCCUCGCCCGAAGCGACCCGCCGCCGCCGCCUGCCCCGGCCGCCGAGCCGCACUCUACCGACACACCCUCUGUAUACACCCGAAACCUGCCCGGAUACUGGCAACUUCCUACACUGAAUGUCUCGAUAACUCCAACUCUAUUGCGAGAGCGAUGAACUCGGAGAUAUCGAAACUUGCGUUUUUCGAAUUUUGUAGUCCAGGCAGUGGUAUCGAACUUGCCCGCGAGAGAACCGAACGACGAUCGUAUGAUACGCGUCAGAAAUUCUCUUGCCGCAAACGCAUCUCACGGUUGAAAGAGUACAUCUGCAGAUUUUGUUCAGAAGCGACUAAAGUAACAAAAUUAAUACCUAUAGGUUCUUCUGCUCAUAGAAUGGUCACUUUUCUUACCGCCUUAAUUAUUCACACCGAAUUAAUAUAAUCAAGCUUCCAGUAAACUUACACUUCACAUUACACACACACACACUUUCCCUGUUUUAUUAGUACAUCGAUUCAUAUUUUAUAGACAACAAUUGUUUUCAGACAUGAUACCCUGUCAAAACCUGUCUGGCCUAGUCGGUAGUGGUAGGCAGGGUGCCUAUUAAUCCGAUGGUCCUGGGUUCAAAUCCCGGUAAGGGCAUUUAUACAUUUAUUUAUGAGAGCGAAUUUGUCGGUCUAAGAAUUUUAAUUUAUUGUUUCAAAAUAUGCUUAUGGAAAAAUAAUCUGCCUCUCAAAGUAAACAGUUGGAAGUGAAUUUAAUCAAUGUAAUACCAUAAUAUGUGAUGUGAGCGGUUGAGAAUUAUACUUAUUGAAUUUGUCGUUUGAAUGGACUAAAAUUAUCUCAAAUUUUGAAAUAUGCAAUUUCGAGAGGUGUAUAAUCGAUUAAAAAUUAUGUGAUAAUAUCCACGGGUAACUUAUCGUUCGAAGCGAGUAAUUGUUGUAUAUAACUUGUAUUAUAUAUGUGUAAGACGCUGUAUUUAAAUGUGCGGAUGUCGAGUGCAAUUUACGGGAACUUCGUGCAGUCGCAACGUACUCGUACUUAUAAAUAAAAGUAUUUUUCUAAUUACAAAACAAAUAACGUCGAGCGAUUUCAAAUGUAGAAUAAACUCUGUUAUAAACAAUUGACAUGUUACAGAUGUAUAAAAUGAUUGUAGCGAAUUUUCUCUGCAUUCCCGCUAACCAGUCACAUUUAAUAUUUUAAUUUUUUAGCUAAGAUAAAACGCUAAAGAUGAGGAGGAACAGUUAUCCUCAGCGCAUUACUUAUAUAGUAGUGUGCUAAAAAGAAUUAUACAAAAAAGUCACACCUUUAUGGAAGAAACUGCUGUGUUGUCAUAACUUAAUAAAACUUAGUUUUUUCGGUAUUAAAACUGUGUAGGUACAUACUUAUAAAUUUCUUGGUACCUACCUACUGUCUAAGUGUUUACUCGUAUAAUGUGAGGGAUUCAGAGAAAAUUCCCUAUAGGGUUAUUACUAGUUCUCUGCGUUCAUUCGUCGCGGUUGUAGCAUAAACAUGUUCCCGUAAUGGUGUCAAAAUAUACAUAAUUUAGUAUAUUACUAAAUAAUGUAAAUAGUGUUAAAUAAAUAUGUCAUAUUUUCAUGUCUUAAGUUUAUCAUGCAUAACGAAUUCAGUCUUAUCUAUAAGUAUCACAAUAAUAACGUUUUAAUUUCGUCAAUUUAUAUAGGUAUAUAAUGAAGUCUGCGUAGGUUUAUAUACAUUAUUUUAUAAAAUAUGCUAAAAAAUAUUUAAACCAUCUAACUUUAGGGUUAUUUAUUUUAUUACAUGAGUAGUGGGCAAGCAGAUUGUUUAAGUGAAUAUGUGAACGAGGCGUUCGCAGUUUGAAAUAUUAUUGUUAAUGAAAGUUUACUGAUGAUGAUGUAUAGUAUGAAUUGUCUCAGAUGAUGUUUUCGGGCUCGGGCCCUAACUGUUAAACAAAAGGUAUUUUUUCCUUUAUGUCGUGGUUAUACUGCUUACUGUUAAUAGCCCUGGCAUAAGUAACGGGACAAGCCCGUUUGAAAAGCAAAUUUACCAAUCUACGUAUAUGUUUCAAAUUUAUAAAACAGCCUAUUCGGAGAUAACACGUGUUAUCUCCAAAGAAAAGCCCGCCCUGAUUGUUCUAAAAAGAGCUGUCACAUAAAUUAAAACCUUAAUACUAUCACGAUAGUUGCUUUUUAAAUGACAUGGCUGCUUUGGCACGUGCCGAAGACCGCUCUUAAAAGAAACAAAGGCUUUUGUUUAAUAUAUUAGGGCCCGAGCCCGAAAAAAUCAUCUGAGAAAAUUCAUACUAUACAUAAAGUGGUAACACUGGUAUGAUACGGGGCAGUGU